UUGUAAGUUGCCCUUUUUUGAAGGGGUUCGAAGGAAUGAAUAAGAAUUGCAGCAAGGAUUCUUUAGGACUUCGUUUACGGAUAACCGCACUUCAUCAGACUUGGAAGUGGUUACAUCAAACAAUUGCGUUACAUGAAUAUUUGAUCUCUGUGACGGCAGUGAACUCGGCAAACACAUAUGCAUUUUGAUAAGAAUUUUGAUAUAUUUCAAGGUCGCCGUGCACAAAUAACAGAAAUAUUUUGAUGAUCAUAAACUAAAUACAUAACUUAAAUUUUAAAGGAAAAGCAUGUACAUAGAUAAUAAAUUAUAUAAUUGAAUAGUUCA